AUGACCAACGAACCAGUCGAAGACGACGAUAAUGAAGUGGAAAUAUACAUGGAUACAUGUAAAUUAAUAUGAUGGUAUAGGUAUUUCUACGGGAUGAUUCAGAAGGCAUAAGGCAUAUACAAGAACCUUUUGUAACAGUUUUUGCCGUCCGAAAAUAUAAAAAUGUUUUAAAAUAAAUGACAAAAAUAUAGUUAGGUACGCUCAAUAAUUGAUAAUAAAAAUUGACACUUCUUUCCAGUGGUAUAACUAGGAUAGUGAUUUAGGUAAUAAAUCACCCCCAGACCUUUAUUUUUUUUUACUUGUUUUAUAAUUUAUAAUGUAAAAAUUUAUUGAGCAAAUGUCCUGUAAAUUUUUGCUUACAUGUUUCAUCUAUAGAUAAUAGUAUAAUCAUUACGAAUUAAGUAAAUUUUAGAUAUAUUGUGAUACAAAUUAUAUAUAAUUAUAGUUUCUCGAUUCUUCGGUUUGAGAUUAUCCAGUGAAAUCUGAUAACGUAUUACAAUAUAGUAUUAAUAUAAUACAUAAUAUAGUAUUCCAUGUUUCCAUAAUACAGUUUAUAAAACAAUCAAAAAAUAUCUGCGGAUGCAAUUUGCUUUUAGUGAUAGAUACACUGAUAAGAUGUAAUCAGGGGUUUAAUCUGUGAUUUCAAAUUAAUUUUGUGCCUUUGAAAUUUGAAAUUUUGUAGUUUUUUAUUGAUUUUUUAAUUUUUACUAAGAACGUCAACAUCAAAUAUUAAAAAUUACUCUUCGGUGAUUCCAUGUAGUAAUAACAAAAAAAAAGAAAUAGAAAUAGAUAUAAACUAAGUGAUCGGAAGUGAAAAAUUCCCAGUAUUUUUUAAAUGUUCACUGUUUUGUUUCCAAGCAGUGCUCAAAAUUUAAUUUUUUUUUUUAUUAUUAUAAAUUAUAAUUCUGUUUCUAUUAAAAAAAUAAAAAUAAGUAAAUAAACAUUUCGUUUUUAUUUAUUUUUCAUAAACCGUGCCAUAUUGCCUUUAACAAAAUUGUUAUUGAUACUUAGGUUUUAUGCAUUAGGGACAAUUUUACUUGCUGCUGUGGACUUUGUAGAUGUUAGUAAAACUUCAGUCUGUAAUAUAGUUAGAACAUUUACUGAAGCUAUAGCUUCCUUAAGACCACUCUAUAUUAAAAUGUCAGAGAAUCAUUGUAAUAUUCAGGAAACUAGAUUGAAAUUUUACAAUAUCGCACGAUUUCCAAGAAUUAUAGUUGCUAUUGAUUAUACUCACGUCAAACUUCAGUCACCUGGUAAUUUACUGAACUACUUCAUAGUUGAUUCAUUAUUUAAUUUUUAAAUUAAAUUAAAUGAAGUUACUUACUUAUAUUUAUAAUUUUAGGAGGAAAUAUAGCAGAAGUGUACAGAAAUAGGAAAGGUUAUUUUUCAUUAAAUGUCCAAGUAGUUGGAGGAUCUUCACUUGAGAUUCUUGAUAUAGUUGCUAGAUAG